AUGGCGGGGGCUCGGGCGGCGCUGCUCCUGCUGCUGCUCCUGCACCUCUGGAACCUGGCGCUGGCCGCGCGGGGUGGAGAGGUCUCCAAAGGGCAGCCUAGACUUGCUGAUGUCCUUGAGUCUCAGCAGCAGGCCCCCUCCCACUCCUUGGUCCCUGGUAAGACCCAACAGCAGCAGUUAUGUCCCCUGGAGGAGAGGCUGGAACGGCUGGAGGCAGACGUGACUUACCUCAGAAAGCAGAACAGGGACCUGCAAGCCAGGCUGCUGCAGCUGGAGUCCUGCGAGUGCUGCUCAACCUCCCCCCAGUGCUGGGGGCCAGGUCACCCCUGUCCUGAAGGAGCUCGCUGGGAGCCUGAUGCCUGCACGGCCUGCGUGUGCCGUGAUGGGACCACGCACUGUGGCCCCCAGCCCAACCUGCCCCACUGCCGUGGCUGCAGCCACAAUGGGCAGUCUUAUGGUCAUGGGGAGACCUUCUCCCCAGAUGCUUGUACCACCUGCCGCUGUCUGGCAGGAGCUGUGCAGUGCCAGGGGCCUUCCUGCUCUGAGCUCAACUGUCUGGAGAGCUUCACCCCGCCUGGAGAAUGCUGCCCCAUCUGCCGGCCAGGCUGUGAGUACGAGGGGCAGCUUCACCAGGAAGGGACCAGCUUCCUGUCCACUUCCAACCCAUGCCUCCAGUGUUCUUGCCUGAGGAGCCUGGUUCGGUGUGUGCCUGUGAAGUGCCAGCCAAGCCCCUGCCCCAACCCAGUCCUGAGACCUGGACACUGCUGCCCAGUCUGCCAAGCCCCCGGCUGCACAGAAGGUCACUCUCACAGGGACCAUGGCCAAGAGUGGACCACUCCUGGAGACCCCUGCCGCAUCUGCCAGUGCCUGGAGGGGCACAUCCAGUGCCGCCAGCAGGAGUGUGCCAGCCUGUGUCCAUACCCUGCCAGGCCCCUUCCGGGUACCUGCUGCCCGGUGUGUGAUGGCUGUUUCCUAAACGGGCGGGAACACAGCAGUGGGGAGCCCGUGGGCUCCCAGGACCCCUGCUCCAGCUGCCGCUGUGCUAAUGGGAGUGUCCAGUGUGAGCCUCUGCCCUGCCCGCCUGCACCCUGCAGAUAUCCGGGCAGGAUGCCCGGGCAAUGCUGCCCUGUCUGUGAUGGCUGUAAAUACCAGGGACAUGAAUAUCGGAGCCAGGAGACCUUUACCCUCCAAGAGAAUGGCCGCUGCCUUCGGUGCACCUGCCAGGCUGGUGAAGUAUCCUGUGAGGAACAGGACUGCCCGGUCACCCCCUGUGUCCACACUGCCUCCGGCCCCCAGCUCUGCUCAGCCUGUGUGCUCAAUGGUGAGGAGUUUGCUGAGGGGAUCCAGUGGGAGCCAGAUGACCAGCCCUGUACUACCUGUUCCUGCCAAGAUGGAGUGCCUGUGUGCAGGGCUGUACUUUGCUCUCCAGUACCCUGCCAACAUCCUACCCAGCCGCCCGGUGCCUGCUGCCCCAGCUGUGAGAGCUGCACCUACCACGGCCUAGUGUAUACUAAUGGGCAGAACUUCACAGAUGUGGACAGCCCUUGUCAGACCUGCUACUGUGAGGAUGGGACUGUGAGGUGUUCGGUGAUCAACUGUCCUUCCCCGACCUGUGCCAAGCCCCAGAAUGGACCAGGCCAGUGCUGCCCCAAGUGCCCAGACUGCAUCCUGGAGGCACAGAUGUUUGUAGAUGGGGAGCGCUUUCCUCAUCCAAGAGAUCCCUGCCAGGAGUGCCUGUGUCAGGAAGGCCAGGCUCACUGCCAGCUCCGAGCCUGCCACAGCGCCCCCUGUGGUCACCCUCUGACAAGCACCUGCUGCAGGAAUGACUGCAAAGGCUGUGCCUUUGGCGGGAAAGAGUACCUCAACGGAGCGGACUUCCCGCAUCCCACUGAUCCGUGUCGCAUGUGUCGCUGUCUGAGCGGCAAUGUACAGUGCCUGGCGCGUCGCUGUCCGCCACUGUCCUGUCCGCAGCCAGUCCUCACUCCGGGAGACUGCUGCCCUCAGUGCCCCGAUGCCCCUGCUGGCUGCCCACAGUCAGGGAAUACGGUCCUUGUCCGCCACCAGGAGCACUUUUUCCAACCGGGAGACCCCUGCAGCCGCUGCCUCUGCCUGGACGGCUCCGUGUCCUGCCAGCGACUGCCCUGUCCUCCUGCUCCCUGUGCCCACCCGCGCCAGGGCGCCUGUUGCCCCUCUUGCGACGGCUGCCUGUAUCACGGGAAGGAGUUUGCCAAUGGAGAACGAUUUCCAUCACCUCGUGUCACGUGCCACGUGUGCCUCUGCUGGGAAGGCAGCGUCAACUGCGAGCCCAGGGCUUGUGCCCCUGCACAGUGCCCAUUUCCCACCAGGGAAGAUUGCUGUCCUGCCUGUGAUAGCUGUGAGUAUUUGGGGGUAUCCUAUCUGAACAGCCAGGAGUUCCCAGACCCCCGGGAAGCCUGCAACCUGUGCACCUGCCUUGAAGGCUUUGUGACUUGCACCCGCCGGCCCUGCGAGCCUCCAGCCUGCAGCCACCCACUCAUCUUACCGAAGCACUGCUGUCCAACCUGCCAGGGAUGCCUGUACCACAGAAUCACCGCUGUCCUCGGAGAGACCCUUCCUGACCCUCUUGACCCCGCCUGCUCCCUCUGCACCUGUGAGGAAGGUUCUAUGCGCUGUCACAAGAAACCAUGUCCUCCGGCUCUCUGCACACACCCUUCUCCAGGCCCCUGUUUCUGCCCUGUGUGUCGCAGCUGCCUCUUUCAGGGCCAGGAGCACCAAGACGGGGAGGAGUUUGAGGGACCUGAGGGUAGCUGUGAGCGCUGCCACUGUCUGGCUGGCCAGGUCAGCUGUAUGAGGCUCCAGUGCCCGCCUCUGCCCUGCUUGCUUCAGGUCACAGAACCAGGGACCUGUUGUCCUCGAUGCACAGGCUGCCGAGUUCGUGGGGAGGAGCAUCCUGAAGGUAGUAGCUGGGUGCCGACGGACAGCCCCUGUUCCUCCUGCAUGUGUCACAAGGGCAUUGUCACUUGUGCCCAAGUCCAGUGUGUCAGCGCCUGCAUCUGGCCCCAGCAGGGGCCCAGUGACUGCUGCCCUCCAUGCUCUGGCUGUGAGCAUGAGGGCAGAAAGUACGAACCCGGGGAGAGCUUCCAACCUGGGGACGACCCAUGUGAAGUGUGCAUCUGCGAGCUGAAGGGCGAGGGGCCUCCCAGGCUGCACUGUCGCCGGCGCCAGUGCCCCAGUCUGGUGGGCUGCCCACCAAGCCAGCUUCUUCCUCCUGGCCCCCAGCACUGCUGCCCUGCCUGUGCCCAGGCACUGAGUAACUGCACAGAGGACCUGCUGGGGUCUGAGCUGGUGCCACCAGACCCCUGCUACACCUGCCAGUGUCAGGAUCUGACAUGGCUCUGUACUCACCGGGCCUGUCCUGAGCUCAGCUGUCCCCUGUGGGAGCGCCACACAACCCCUGGGAGCUGCUGCCCCGUGUGUAAAGACCCUACCCGAUCAUGCUCGCACCAGGGUCGCUGGGUGGCCUCUGGAGAACACUGGAUAGUGGACGCCUGCACCAGCUGUGCCUGUGUGGCUGGUACUGUGCACUGCCAGAGCCAGCGCUGCAGGAACCUCUCAUGUGGCCGGGAUGAGGUCCCUGCCCUGAGUCCCGGCAGCUGCUGUCCCCGCUGUUUGCCCGGGCCAGCUUCCUGCAUGGCCUUCGGAGACCCCCAUUACCGCACCUUCGAUGGCCGCCUGCUGCACUUCCAGGGCAGCUGCAGCUACGUGCUGGCCAAGGACUGCCACAGCGAGGACUUCAGUGUGCACGUGACUAAUGAUGACCGGGGCCGGAGGGGUGUGGCCUGGACCCAAGAGGUAGCGGUGCUGUUGGGAACCGUGGCUGUGAGGCUGCUGCAAGGCAGGACAGUCAUGGUUGACCAGCACACGGUGACCUUGCCCUUCCUUCGGGAGCCACUGCUGUACAUUGAGCUUCGUGGUCACACUGUGAUCCUGCAUGCCCAGCCUGGGCUUCAGGUGCUGUGGGACGGGCAAUCCCAGGUGGAGGUGAGAGUUCCCAGCUCCUACCAGGGCCAGACCUGUGGCCUCUGUGGGAACUUCAAUGGCUUUGCCCAGGACGAUCUGCAGGGUCCGGAUGGGAGGCUCCUGCCCACAGAGGCUGCAUUUGGGAACAGCUGGAAGGUCCCCAAGGGGCUGGGGCCUGGCCGGCCAUGUUCUGCAGGCAGAGAGGUGGACCCCUGCCGGGCAGCAGGCUACCGUGCCAGACGUGAGGCCAAUGCCCGGUGCGGGAUCCUGAAGUCUUCACCAUUCAGUCGCUGCCAUGCUGUGGUGCCACCAGAACCCUUCUUUGCCGCCUGUGUGUAUGACCUGUGUGCUUGUGGGCCAGGCUCCUCAGCUGACGCCUGUCUCUGUGAUGCCCUUGAAGCCUACGCUAGCCACUGUCGCCAGGCUGGGGUGACUCCUGUCUGGAGGGGCCCUACACUCUGUGCCAAGCACUCCUGGGCACCCAAGACUCCCCUGCAGCCACAAGCAAGCCUUGACCCUGUACCAACUUCUCUUCCAGCGCCCUGCAGAUCUAGACCAGCUCCAAGAUGCCUUACAGCAGGGCUGGAGCUACCUAUGAUCCUGCUGGAGAUGGAGGGGAGCCAGCGGGCCCAGGAGAAGCUUCUCUGGGACUUGGAGCUGCUGGCUGGGGUAGGGCUAGGCCUCUUCUGGCCCCCCUUGGCCAGGUUCUGCAGCCAGAGGGACCAGACUCAGUAUGCAUGGAGCCAGUGCAGCCAGUCCUUGGGCAGGAGUGUGGAUGGAGACUUUGAGCAGCUGAGUUCCAAGCUGUGCCCUUCACCCCAGGCUGGGGAAGCCCACAGUGAGAGCCAUCAGCUCCUAAAAGGGAGGCUGGCUACAGAUUCUUCAUCCACCUCAGAUCUGGAUGAAGCCGGGAGUGAUGGAGCUCCAAGGCUGGAGGGCCCCAUUAUACCUGUCAAAGGUGCACCUACUACACCAACAGGAGAGGGGCAAGAAGCCAGUGGAGCAGGGGGUCCUGGAGUCGGUUGCUUACAGCCCACCAGCAACAGUAGCUUCAAGGAGCCGGGAAACUCAGAACUUAAGGACCCAGGCAAGAUGGAAGAGAGGAGUCAAGAAGAACCAAACAUUCAGAGUUCCUGUGGACAGACACUUGGAAGCACAGUGGAGGGAAAGCUGGGCCAGGAAGCUGGCCUGGCUUCCCUGAAGUUGUCAGCUCUCCAAGACGCCUCCAAGGAGCUAGGCUCUGGCCUGAGCCAGGAGAGAGCACAACCUCAGACACCGCUCACUCCUCAGGAUCACCCAGAGAAGACAACACAGGGUCAAUGUGGGCAGUCACCUCAGGGUUAUAAAGGAGAGUCAGUUCAGGGACAAGACAAAGGGGUUCCUCAGAGUCAAUGUGAAAGGAAGCAAGCUCAACAGGGCCAGGAAUUAAAAAUCCCUCGGUUUGGGGAAGGCACUAAUUCAGUAGUAUGGGGGGAAGUUCAGGGAAAAACCACAGUAUGGCGCCAGGAAGAGGGCAACCCUCAGGGCCGUUCCAGCGACUUCUGCAAGUUCCCAGAAAAGCAGAUCCCUCAGCCCGUGGAAAAGAGGAUAGCAGGUCCCCAGGGUAGUAGCACCCAGCUGACAGAGGCAGCAGCCACCCAGGAAGAGGAGUGGGCUCCUCUCCCUGCGGUGCCUUCCAACCCGCCACAGCUCCAAAGCCCAGAAGGCAGGAUACUUGCCACCCAGGCUGAGGAGCGCCAGCCAAGGCUUCCCAGUGCUCACAGGGAGCAGAGAGGCCUUAGGAACCCCAAACCCUCCAAGGUCGCGUGGUCCGCGCCCCGGAGCAGAGAGGAGGUGCUGGCCAGCCCAGGGCAGGAGGUUCUGCAGCGACUGCUGGAGCUGAACGGCGCGGCCAGGCUGCGGCGGCGCAGGGACCGGGAGCAGCAGCGGCUCCGGGUCUUGGAACGACUCCGCAUCUUUGCCAACCACCAUCGCCGGGUUCACCCGCUGGGGCUCCCUCCCAGAGUGACUCAGAUGUCACCACAGGAGGAUGUAGCAGGACGGCAGCGCGUCUUGCGGGAACUGCUAGAACAAGUGCAUCGAGGCAGGACUUUGCAGCUGCGGGCACUCGGGGUCAGGAACACCCAGAACUUCCAGGAACUACUGUCUCCUGGCACGAAGGAGCCUUCUCCUGGAGAAUAGCUUCCAUCCUACCCAGCCUGCCCCCUCCCUUGCUGGUCUCCAUGGAGAUAUGAAGCUGAUGGUUAAGGAAAAGG